AAUACGAAUUGAAGGCCUUCUUCUCUAUAACGCCCGGCGAAAUGUCCAUGGAGGAUCAGCUCCGAGAUUCGGCUGACUGCGACUUGUGAGCAGUUACGUGCCAACGUGCGUUCUACGUUAUCUACCGGUGGUCGGCAACGAUGGUGCUCUACUUGUAAUCAAAACCACAGAUGGCCCAGUUUCUUGCCGGCCCCGUCGUUUGAUAAAAAACUGGUAAACUGGCAGACGCUAAAAAAGAAGAAAUUGAAGAGAUGGUUCGCUCCGAUACUGCAAGGCCUUCAGAUAGUCCGUGAUCAUCUCCGCUGCAUUUGACCUUGAAAAAGGACAGCACCUGGCGCCCUUGCCGCAGUCUGCACGCCAGGACCAUUCCCGAUCGUUACCCGGGGGCUGGUUAUCUCAAGCGUGCCGAUUCAAAGCAACUUCAUGAGAUAUUCCUCAAAUACGCCACUGUAGAGAAGAAUGGCGAGAAGUGUAUCACAAGUGAAGACUUCGUUAGGAAAUUCCUUGGGUUGUUUGACGAAGAUGACUACAACAAGGAAUCAGUGCAGCUCAUUGCGGGCAUCGUCGACAUGGACAAGGAUGGGUACAUCUCGUUCCCGGAGUUCCAGGCGUUCGAAGGCCUACUCUGUGUCCCGGAUGCGCUAUAUAAGACCGCCUUCCAGCUGUUCGAUACGAAUGGGAAUGGGCUUGUUGCCUUUGACGAAUUCGCCGAAGUCAUGAAAAAAACAUCUCUAUACAAAAAGCUUCCAUUCGAUAUGGGCAGUUCAUUCGUCCAACUCUACUUCGGAAAGGAUAAGAAACGGCUGGUGACUUACCCGGAGUUCAGCCAGUUCCUUCACGACUUCCAUGAAGAGUAUGGAGUCGAGGCUUUUAAAAAGCGUGACAAAGAUAGUACAGGGUUCAUCAGCGCUGGAGACUUUAGAGAAAUUAUGUUGUCCGUUAAAGACCAUUUAUUGACUAAGGACAUGAGGAACAAAGUUAUUAUGGCUUCAGGGUUUCCACAAGGCGAGCGGAAGGUCAGUUUCCCAUUCUUCAUGGCUUUCAACUCGCUACUCAACAACAUGGAGCUAAUCAAGCGAGUUUACCUGAACGCAUCUCAAGGUUCGAAAACACACGAAGUCACGAAAGAAGAAUUUCUGUACUCGGCACAGAUGAUGAGCCAAAUCACGCCUCUCGAAGUCGAUAUUCUAUUUUCACUUUGUGACACGAUUCAUCAUACUAACGGUCGGAUCGUGUACAGUGACCUCAACUCGAUCACGCCUGAACAGUACUUCAAACAAGUCAACAGAAGAAUUGCUGAAAUCAAAGCAGUCUCUAGUCCCGAAGAGCGAAGUAUAUUUAUACAGAUUUUGGAGAGUACUUACAGAUUUACCCUCGGCUCUAUCGCUGGUGCGGUCGGUGCUUCGACUGUAUACCCCAUCGACUUAGUAAAGACUCGAAUGCAAAACCAGCGCAGCGGGUCAUUUGUCGGCGAAAUUGCUUACCGAAACUCCUUUGACUGCUUCAAGAAGGUCAUACGACACGAGGGCGUAUUUGGGCUGUAUAGAGGCCUAAUGCCGCAACUGAUUGGCGUGGCCCCCGAAAAAGCUAUUAAACUGACGGUAAAUGAUUUCGUUCGAGACAAAUUUAUGGAUAAGAAGGGAAAUAUACCACUGUAUGCCGAAGUGUUAGCUGGUGGAGCUGCCGGUGGCUGCCAAGUGAUUUUCACGAACCCUUUGGAAAUUGUCAAGAUCCGUCUUCAAGUAGCUGGGGAGAUCGCUGGGGGCAGUAAAGUCCGCGCAUGGUCUGUCAUGAAGGAUCUGGGCAUUUUUGGCCUUUACAAAGGUGCGAGGGCGUGUCUACUGCGCGACAUGCCCUUCAGUGCCAUUUACUUCCCCGCCUACGCUCAUGUGAAGGCUAGAAUGGCGGAUGAAAGUGGGUACAAUCACCCUCUGACACUGCUCGCGUCUGGCGCUAUAGCUGGCGUCCCUGCAGCGUCACUGGUCACACCGGCUGACGUCAUUAAAACGCGUUUACAGGUAGUCGCGCGUACUGGUCAGACGACAUACAAUGGAGUGAUUGAUGCAACUAGGAAAAUUUACGCCGAGGAAGGAGCCAGGGCGUUCUGGAAAGGCGCCACAGCCCGCGUGUUCCGUUCAUCGCCGCAGUUCGGUGUGACGUUGGUUACUUACGAAAUCCUUCAACGUCUGUUCUACGUCGACUUCGGAGGAUCUCGACCAACCGGUUCAGAACUCCACGUAGCGACGCCCAUCGAAGAGGUCAAGAAAAAGCCCCAUCACAUAGGAGGCUAUCAAGUAGCCAUCCCGGUACUUACGGGUCUAGAAACGAAAUUCGGUAUCUCACUACCCAGAUUCUCCUUCGCCAAACCCCCGCAAUAAAACGGGACAAAUGUGAUUAUUGUAUAGGUUAGCUUAAGUGCAACCUUAUGGCAAGGUAAUAAAUUAUUAAUUCGCCAAAAAAUUUAAAUUAUGAGAUUCGAAUUAUGGAAAUUGGCGACUAACAAAUCCACUAACCUUCUAAAGAAGUCAUAUCUCUUAAUUAUACGCAACAUCUCAGAAGUCGCUAUGAUAUUUUUGACUGUAUAUUGAGUCUUGUCUAUGUUAUAUCUUCUAUUUAUAUCAUCGAGGCUUAGACCACAGUUCUCCACACUUACCCAAUGCUAGUUGAAGUUUUCUCACGUUUUCCUUCACUGUUAACUAAAGGUAUUGCUGCUAAAUAUUCACGAAUGUACGUAACUUUGAAAUCAAAGUCAUAUGGGGAUUCGGACUGUUUGCAUUUGUUUGCACAUUUUGAAAACAAACAACCAAACAUACACGCGAUUACAGAUUUCACUCUAACGGCCACGGCUUAUAUUGUGGGCGCUGGAUAUAGAGGCUCCGCGUUCGAUUCCCGGUAGGGCCAAAUUGGGAAAUUAACUUUCAAAAUUGGGUAUGGUCAUGUGUCCGUUUUUCUGGUACUCAUAGUACAGGGAAUUCACUAGUUUUGAGACCAGACUAUCGUUGAUUGACACAUUAUAAAGUGUUAUUAUAGCAGAAAACAAAAAAGUAACGAGAACGGACACUCUCCGCCUCUCCCAAGAUUUAGAUACCGCACCACACCCCGCAGUAAUACAUAAUACAGAUUUAUCAUAUCAAUAUAAUGAGACGCCAUCGAGAUGCCGACUUCGUGAGCAAGUACACAAGGGUUCUCGAAUUUUCAAUUUGUAUUACCGAUAAAUAUUACGUAAUGGAUAUCCUAAUUAAUAACGAGGUAACGAUAAACUUGGACACGCAAUUUCAAAUACUUUGGCUAUCUUAUUUAAAAAUACCUG